CCCCAACAGCCGCUCAUCUUCAUCGCGUUCUCCCUCUCUCUCCACCGAAAAUCUCCCUCGCCGCCACUACCCUCCACGCCGACGUAUCUUUCUUUGCUAGGCUUUAACCAGGGCGAGGCUUUGACUAGGGAAGCAAAGAAAGCACUGGGGCGAAAUGAAUUUAAGGAUGUAGCUUUGAUUCUUACUCGACGCCGUCGUUCGCGUUUCUUCCAUCAUCGACUGGGUUUGGGAGUUGCCGAAGCCGGAAAGAGUUUCAGAGAAAGGGGGAUUUGGACGGUGAUUUGGGGGCGGUGGAUAUUCAAGGUAGCGGCGGAUUUGGGAGCUGUAAUUUGGGCGGCAGCUUAUUUGGGUGCGGCUGUAAUUUUCCUCCGCCGCUUGGCAUCGCCGUCGUUUGUAGCACUACGCCAGAUCGAGAUCCACAAAAGAAAUCGAGCUCCCGCAUCUUUCCUGCCUUCCGAC